AUGGAAGAUUUAGGGAAUGAAGGAGGAAGUGAAGAAGAUGAAUUAGAGAAGAAGAAUGAAUAUGUUGAGUGUGAGACAUCUGAAUUGAUACACAAAGAAGUUGCCAACGAUGAAGAAGCUUACAAAUUAUACAAUGAGUAUGCAUUUAAAUGCGGAUUUGGUAUCCGGAAGGGCAAAGUUUGUUGGAGAUAUGAAACAAAGACAAUCAGACAACGUUUUUUAGUUUGUAGUCGGGAAGGAUUGAAAGACACAAAAGGUGGUGUGCCUAAGGCAUUCACUAAGCUUGAUCAACGUUGUGGAUGUAAAGCGUUUAUUCAAUUUGAUGUAUCCAAAGACUCUGGAUUUUUUAUUGUUACUAAGCACCAUAUGAUUCACAAUCACCCCAUGGUGCCAUUGAAACAAAGACAUUUAAUAAGAUCUCAUAGGAAAGUGACAGUUGAACAAUUGCAUAUGAUUAAUAAUUUGAGAAGUUGUGGAGUGGGGGUUGCUGAACCUGUGCGUGUAUUGAGGAAGGAAGCGGGGGGAUCUCCAAAUCUUGGGUUUGUGAACAGAGAUGCUUAUGAUGCAGUUGCUACUCAAAGAAAGAAAGAACUUGAUGGUUGUGAUAGUAACCAACUGAUAAAGAACUUUACGCAAAGACAAGCAGCGGAAUAUGAUUUUUAUUAUGACGUUCGACUAGAUGCUAUAGGGCACUUAAUAAGUUUUUUCUGGAGGGAUGGAAGAAUAGAAAGGAUUAUGAAGUGUUUGGAGAUCUAG